AGUCCCGCGGAGCGGAGCGGGCGCGGAGCCGAGUGAGGCGCGGAGCCGGCUGCGGGCGGGCGCGGGGAUCCUCGCCACCCCGCCUCGGAGAGCGGGAUGGGACACCGCCCGCGGGGACCUGGAUCCCCCCGGGGACCUGGCCCUCCAAGCCCCGGGCCCAGGCUGCCGCCGCUGCUGCUUCUGCUCUCGCUGGCGGCCCACGGGGGCUGCGCAGCGCCCGCGCCCCGCGCAGAGGACCUCAGUCUCGGGGUGGAAUGGCUGAGCAGGUUCGGAUACCUGCCUCCUGCAGACCCAGCAACAGGACAGCUACAGACCCAGGAGGAACUAUCCAAGGCCAUUACUGCCAUGCAGCAGUUUGGCGGCCUGGAGACCACCGGCAUCCUGGAUGAGGCCACUCUGGCCCUGAUGAAGACCCCUCGCUGCUCCCUUCCGGACCUGCCCCUUGGGGCCCAUGCAAGAAGGAAGCGACAGAUUCCGCCACCAACCAAAUGGAGCAAGAGGAACCUUUCUUGGAGGGUCCGGACCUUCCCACGAGACUCACCCCUGGGCCGGGAUACUGUGCGGGCACUCAUGUACUACGCCCUCAAAGUCUGGAGUGACAUCACACCCUUGAACUUCCACGAGGUAGCAGGCAACGCGGCUGACAUCCAGAUCGACUUCUCCAAGGCCGACCACAAUGAUGGCUACCCCUUUGAUGGCCCCGGGGGCACAGUGGCCCAUGCGUUCUUCCCCGGUGACCACCACACGGCAGGGGAUACCCACUUUGAUGAUGACGAGGCAUGGACCUUCCGUUCCUCAGAUGCCCAUGGGAUGGACCUGUUUGCAGUGGCUGUCCAUGAAUUUGGUCAUGCCAUUGGUCUGAGCCAUGUUGCUGCCCCAAGCUCCAUCAUGCAACCAUAUUACCAGGGCCCCGUCGGUGACCCACUCCGCUACGGGCUUCCCUACGAGGACAGGGUGCGUGUCUGGCAAUUAUAUGGUGUGCGGGAGUCCGUGUCUCCUACUGCACAGCUGGAUACUCCAGAGCCUGAGGAACCACCCCUCCUGCCGGAUCCCCCCAGCAAUCGGUCUAGCACCCCGCCCCAGAAGGACAUGCCUCAUAGGUGCACUGCCCACUUUGAUGCCGUGGCCCAGAUCCGAGGUGAAGCCUUCUUCUUCAAAGGCAAGUACUUCUGGCGGCUGACCCGGGAUCGGCACUUGGUGUCCCUGCAGCCAGCUCAAAUGCAUCGCUUUUGGCGGGGCCUGCCGCUGCACCUGGACAGUGUGGAUGCCGUGUAUGAGCGUACCAGCGAUCACAAGAUUGUCUUUUUCAAAGGAGACAGAUACUGGGUGUUUAAGGACAACAACGUAGAGGAAGGGUACCCGCGACCUGUCUCCGACUUCAGCCUCCCGCCAGGUGGCAUCGAUGCUGUCUUCUCCUGGGCCCACAAUGACAGGACUUAUUUCUUUAAGGACCAGCUGUACUGGCGCUAUGAUGACCACACACGGCGCAUGGACCCUGGCUACCCUGCCCAGGGCCCCCUGUGGAGGGGUGUCCCCAGCAUGCUGGAUGACGCCAUGCGCUGGUCUGAUGGUGCAUCCUAUUUCUUCCGAGGCCAGGAGUACUGGAAGGUGCUGGAUGGCGAGCUGGAGGCAGCACCUGGGUACCCCCAGUCUACAGCCCGGGACUGGCUGGUGUGUGGCGAGCCGCUGGCAGAUGCGGAGGAAGUCGGGCCUGGACCCCAGGGCCGCAGUGGGGCCCAGGACAGCCUGGCAGUGUGCUCCUGCACUUCAGAUGCACACAAGUCUUCAUCGCCAUCUCUACUGUUGUUGCCGCCACUGCUGUGGGGCGUGUGGACCUCUGUCUCCGCAAGGGCAUCCUGAGGGCAGUGCUGGCCUUGCGGAUCAAGGAGCCGAGGAGGGCGGGGACAUAACAGCCAGUAGUCAGUGCCCGGUCCUUCCUUCCUUCCUUCCUUCCUUCCUUCCUUCCUUCCUUCCUUCCUUCCUUCCUUCCUUCCUUCCUUCCUUCCUUCCACCAAACCCAGGGGUGCUGUGCCCUCUGCUGGAGUAGCCUCCAACUGGGACAGGAAGUCCCACCAGUGGCAUCCAUGCGCCCUCCUCCCCUGGAGCAGCCGUAGGCGGUGCUCCUUCCUCUUCUGCACACCAUGCUGCUUCUUCGCACCUUACUGGGCUGCUCAUGCCUGGCUGUCACGUCCCGGGGAUGCCUUGUCCGCACCUGAGCAGCUCUGAUGUCGGCUGGAGGUGGGCAGCAGGUGGGCUGCAGGUGGACAGAUGGGGACAACAGGAGGUCCUCACAGUGUCCAUAGGGGCCACGGCCACGGUUUCACAAGCGAGUUGAUGGCCCAAUGGGGAACAGAGUGGGGGGACAGGGUACCUGCCCAGCGGUCUGAUCCACUGCCAUUUGCAGCAGCUAGUGCCAUGCAUGUCUGCUGCUGCAGAGGAUCAGUCACACUCAGGAUCUACAGAUGCUGGCCAGGCACCUCGCUCCAACCGUCAGGAGCAGUCACCUCGCCUCAUCUUAGCCAGCUGUUCUCAAGUGGAGGCGACGUCCUGUUAUCUCCCUCUGCGUGGCCAGGAGAGAACUGUGGGUCUCCCCGGGGUGCUGUGGCUUAGGGGUGUGCCUGUAGAGACAUCUCUCAUCUCUCCUGCCCAUUGCUUCUGCAGAAUGCCCCCAGAUGAUUAUGGGCUGAGACCCUGCAGCUUAGACUUGUGGCUGUCCCCUCCCCAGCUGGGAAGGGGCUUCUGCCACCUGGCAUCAAAGUGGGGGUUCAGUUAAGGAACGGUGGCUGGGUUACCCCAGGCCCUGAGUAGGGGAAUGGCAACCUGGCAGGUGGCGCACAGGGGGACUGGGAAGGGGCAGCUGCAGGGAUACUCAGCAAGGCCAGGUUAAGAGUAGUGUCCUGCAGGGCCGUGAAUGUCGCCUCCUGGUCCACCCUGGCCUUGGAGAUGGAGGGCUGUGGAAGAAUUGCUGCUCUGAGAGACAGACCUUCAUGGGUCCAGAAAGGGCCUCUGAGCUAGGACCAAGGAGCCAUCAGCUACUGGGAGCUGGUUCUGGGGCGGGAUGGGCCCGAGGGACACACACAUACAGCCCAGGGGCGGAGCCACCCAUAUAGGCGUGGAUGUAUAGUAGGCAGCUUCUGCCAUUGGACAUGUGAUGACACACCCCUCCCCGACUGGUCCCAUCUCAGGUAAGAAAGGCUUCUGUACAUCCCGGCUCACACUUCAUGUAUGUACGCAGCACUGGUGCCACUCCCUCCUAGCCCAGGUUCGAGCAUCCUCGGGAGGAGUGAGCAGCCUACACCAUCCUACACCCACCUGCCAGGCUAGACAGGACAGAGUCGGGGUCUGUGGUGUCAUAGGGGCCACCCCACUCUGUCCUCUAUCACAGCACGCUCCUAUGAUGUCCCAUAUUGUCCACCAGCCUGCAGGACACAGCCGUCCAGUACAGUAGUGAGAAGAGUCCCAAGGGCCCUUGUCACAUAGCACUGAAAGUCAGGCCUGCAGGCUGGAGCUGUCCAGAGGCUGGUGUCUCACUCAUUUUAAAAACCCAAACUCUAAUAAAUCUUUUUCUACACUGGA